AUGAACACAAUGCUGGACAAGCCACUACCCCAGCUGAUCGCCCUCUUGUUGUUGUUCUCUGUGGCAUCGGCACAAACGUACAGCACUUGCAAUCCACUUUUGUCGCCAGGAAGUUGUCCAGCUAAUUCUGCACUCGGCAAAAGUGUCAACAUCGCGUUUACCCGUCCUUCUGAUCAAUUCACAGCCACAGGUGCACCAACCUACGACUCGAAUGGAGCUGCUUUUACGGUCGCAAAGACUGGCGAUAGUCCAACCAUAGCGUCGAAAUGGUACAUCAUGUUCGGUCGUGUCGACUUCGUCGUUAAAGCAGCUCCAGGCACGGGCAUCGUCAGUAGUGCCGUGCUACUGUCCGACUGCUUGGAUGAGAUCGACUGGGAAUGGCUUGGUGGCGACGACAACCAGGUGCAGAGCAACUAUUUUGGCAAGGGUCAAACAACAACUGGCUAUAAUAGAGGCGCUUUCCAUGGUGCGCCUGGAAACCACGAUGGCUUCAAUACCUACACCAUUGACUGGACCGCUGAACAGAUUGUUUGGUCGAUCAAUGGCAACACCGUCCGAGUUCUCAAAGCUUCUGAAGCAGAAGCCGGUCAAUACCCUCAGACACCAAUGCAGAUCAAGGUCGGCAGCUGGGCUGGUGGUGACUCAGCUAAUGCUCCUGGCACGAUAGUAUGGGCAGGGGGCCCAGUGGACUACUCGGCUGGACCAUUUACGAUGUACCUCAAAGGAAUUGCUGUCACAGAUUACUCGACUGGCUCAUCCUACAGCUACGAAGGCACUACUGGUACCUGGCAGUCCAUCAAGUCUAACGGUGGCAAGAUCAAUACGAGCGGAUCAGGAUCAAGUCCUGCCGUAGUGGUUAGCGACCCAUCCUACAGUACGGCUGCAGGCAACCCAUCAGUACCGUUCUCGACAGACGCCGCAGCCUCAUCGGUAUAUGCCACUAGGACUGGCUAUCCAUGGGUGACUGCAGGUGCGUCUGCAGUGACAACAGAAAUGCCCCAAUCUACCUCCUCCUCGUCAUCAGCUUUGCCAGUGGGUUCUUCAUCACCUGGCCUUGAAGUCAAGACAACCUACAAUGAUCAAGGAUUCCUCACGACAUUGACAACUGGAGUCAAAACCAGCACCGACGCAGGUUCAGUUGCAGUUCCCUCGCCGCUAAGCUCGCUUAAUGCGCUUGCUCAAGCAGAGGAGAGCCACACGAUCAUAGUCCAUACCACAAGCUCGUCCGUCAGUGGAGUCUUUGUGACUGCGAGUUCGACUCCGUCGCCUCAGGUCGGCCAAUCCAGCAGUAAGAAGACGUCGACGUCUCUACGAACAUGGCUAGCCGUACUGGUCAUUGCAUUGGCCGUGCCAAUGUUGUAA